AGUUUCGUGUUUUUCACGCAUCUUUCUGACACCCAGCGUUGCCAACGUUUGAACGAAAAAAUUGACACCGUGCUAGUCGUGAUGUUGUUUUCGUGAAAUCUGUCACAUUUUGGUUUGCGGUUUGUUUUGGUGCUUCUGCGAAAAAAUCAGUGAAAUUGGCAGCCAAAAACUUCACAAAAUAUGCCUUCCAAUCGGGUCCAUCGGGUGUUUCUGUACAGUUUCGCAAUUUGCCUGUUUGGAACUUUUGUUACGAUUGCGGCCAAAAUUUUCCCAAUUGCGAACCUACCUACCAGCACCAAUGUCAUCAUACUUGGCACUUGUUUAGCUAAUCUAAUUUCCGUGGGAGCACUGAUAGUUGGAAUUAUUACGAAACGACCCUCCCUAGUAAAGGCUGUUAAAAUAUUCAGCUGGGUACAGCUGGGUGCUAUUUUCGUGCUAAUCUGCCUGGCCGUGAUUCUUCUCUACGUGGUGCGGGUGGAUGUCGAACAUUAUGACGAAAAAGUGGUGAAGAAGAAGGAGCUGUGAUGAAUUCCAACGUCGACAAAUGACAACUAGUGGUCUGUUCUAAAUACUUGCAAUUGGUGAUGUUGCGCGCAUCUGAAAGUCCCAGCAGCAAAGUUAUUUUUUAUGUUGAGCCCACUUCUUCGAUUUAUUUUUCAAUAAUCUAAGAUAGUGAAUAGUCGUUUCUGAAUGACAACUGACUGAAUGUAAAUGUGAAGAUAUCUAGAAACCAAUGAAAAUAAACUAAUAUUAGAAAUCAAUG